AUGUUUAGUAGCAUCACUUACAUGAAGGCAUACAAGUUUAGGUUAACACCUAUGAAUGGAAGUAACUUGUGGCCUGCAACUGAUUAUACCCCACCUUUACCUCCUGUUCGUAGAACUAUACCUGGGAGACCUGCAACUAAAAGGAAAAGGGAUGCAACAGAAAACCAGUUAAGUGAAAAAUCAAAGAAGAGUACCCAAACACAAAACAAAGGUAAGCAGCAGGUAAAGGUAUCCAAGGCUGGGAAAAAACAAAAAUGUAGUCUUUGUGAGAUUGAAGGACACAACAAAAGAGCUUUGAAUGAAGGCGAUGAAGUGAAUGAGGGUGAUCAAGCAGUCAAUGAUGAUGGAGAAGCAGUCAAUGAGGUGCAUGUGCAACAACACUAUGGUGAUGUGGAACUCACUCCUUUGGAGUUUGAUGCAUCAGGAAAUGGAGAACCUAGUCAGGUUCAUGUGCAACAACAGGAGGCUAGAGAAACACCAAUUACAGCCCUUUUGAAGAAAAUCAGGAGGAAGAAAUAUGAAAGGAUUAUCAAGUUGAAGCUGGGCAAGAUAGGUGGUGAUGCAGAUGCACCUAAGAAUUCAGAAGCUAAACCUCUUACUCUAGAAUAA